AUGCAGCUUUUCCACCCAUCAUUCCUCAUGCUCGCUGGCGCAACAGCCUUAAAAACCAGCGCGGAAGACGCGCCGCGCUGCUUUCCAGCCAAUUUCAUGUUUGGAUCGGCCACUGCUGCAUACCAAGUUGAAGGAGCGUGGAAUGAGGGCGGGCGUACUGAAAGCAUCUGGGACGACUUUUGUCGAACGCACCACAAAAAAGUGGCGUGUGCUAACGUGGCUGAUGACUUUUAUCAUCGUUAUCGAAGCGAUAUAAAGCUCAUGGUUGAAACGGGUCUGCAAACUUCGCGCUUUUCUGUGUCGUGGUCCAGAGCUAUGAAUUGGAAUCCGGUGACUAAACGCAUGCAGCCAAACCCUCAAGGACUUGCCUUUUACCACGCUCUUGUUGACGAGCUGAGAGCAAAUAAUAUCGUACCGAUUUUAACUCUGUACCAUUGGGAUUUGCCACUCGAGCUACACACUGAACUCUCUCCUCAAGGCUGGCUGAAUUCAGGCAUCGUUGACCAUUUUGUGGAAUACGCGACGUUGAUGUUUCAAGAACUUGGUGAUAAAGUUGACAUGUGGACGACGUUUAACGAACCUCUUACGUUCACGACCGCCGGCUACGCAAGUGGUGCAGGAGCUCCGGGUUUCAAGAAAUCCGAUACUUUUGCGUACAUCGUGGCACACAAUGUACUCCGUUCGCACGCAGCCGCUGUCAAAGCUUUUCGAGACCUUAAAUCAAAUUCCUCAUCUGUGCUUCACCCAGAGGCUCGCAUCGGUAUCGUGUUAAAUUCCGACGCUGCAUACCCACUUGAUGAAAAUAACCCUCUAGAUGUGGCUGCAGCCGAGAGAAAGAUGCAAUUUGAACUCGGUUGGUUCCUCUCACCGCUCAUUACUGGAGACUACCCUGCCAUCAUGCGGGAACGAGUGGGCGAUCGUCUUCCAAGCUUCACGCCGGAGGAGACAGUAUUGCUAAAGGGAUCGUACGACCUGCACAUGCUCAAUCACUACUCUUCAAAACUUGUGACAGAUUGCGAUGUGUCACAAAAAUCCAAGACGUCAUGCAAGAAAUUGAACAAAGGCUGGGAACGUGAUUUGGGCGUUGACAUCUCGCACUCAGAUGAGUUGCCAGGGUCUCGUCGCUCUAGCAAAGACCGUCACGGUAAACUAAAUUGUGGCUGGUUUACGGCUUACCCCCCUGGAUAUCUACGUGUGAUUAAGUGGCUUCACGCGACAGACCCCACAGCUGAUAUUCUGCUGACGGAAAAUGGAUGGUGUGGCAACAAUCAAAUCGCCAAUUACGACCAGCUUUGGUACCAUCAAGAGUACGUUACUCAAGUUUACAAGGCUGUGAUUGAAGAAAAGAUCCCAGUCAUUGGUUAUACGGCGUGGUCAUUCCUUGAUAAUUACGAAUGGGGCUCGUUCUCUCCCCGAUUCGGAUUGUACUACGUUAACUACUCGGCCAACACUGGCGACGUGGACGAAGUGUACAACCCACAAUCAGCGGGACUUGAACGCAUCCCGCGUCCUGCCGCCAAGUGGUUUGGCCAUGUUGCCAAAACAAAAUGUAUUGAUGGCUGGCAGCAUGAAGGCCCAAUUACGCAGGAUGAGCUACAGAGCGUCAACGUGGAUGAAUUUUCGCAAUGGAUGUUGGGCAUUAUUGGGGUGCUUGCUAUUGUGAGUCUUGCAUCCAUGGCUAUCGUUGGCCGUAGCAUUCUGACUCAGCUGUCGUCUCCUAACCCACAUCAUCUUUCUCGCGAGACUGACCCGCUGCUCCAGGCAAACGCCAUGAUCUAG